AUGUUGUAUUUUGUUAUUUUAUUUUGCAUAUUUGUUAAAGGGGAAGAGAUUUAUAGUUGUGUUUAUAGAAAUAAUUGGAGUAUUCAGAAAGGAAAGACGGAUGAUGCUGUAGCAUUUGGGUCCUAUGAAGAUACUCAUUUAACAAAAGGAUGGGGAUUUUUAAAAAUUGAAACAGUGAGAAAAUAUUUACCUGAGAGACAAGCAUUUGCUGCAGGCUUUUUAGAAGGAUAUUUGACAAAACAUUUAAUACAUGAUUUUUGGAAUAACUAUCGAUUAAAUGAAUACGGUAAAUAUGGACCACCAAAAGCAUUAUCAAAUUUUUUAGCAAAACAAUAUUUAUGGUGGACAAAUCAAUGUAAAACGAAUAAUACACAAUAUUGGAAAGAACAAAAUUUAAUAUUUAAACAAUUUAGAGGAUUAUUAUCAGGAUACAACAAAUAUUGUGACAAUGGAAAGAAGUUAUCUAUAUUAGAAAUGUAUUAUAUUAAUGCUGGUGGUGAUUUAGGUACUUUAAAUAAACUUGUUAAAAAUGACAAUUUACCUAAAUAUUCAACAAUUAAUAUGGAAAAAAUGAAUCAACAUGAAAUAUUUCAUGAAUGUACUGCGAUAGUUAAAAUUCUUCCUCAAAAUCAAGACAUUGUUUUUUCUCAUAACACAUGGAGACCUUAUUACGCUAUGAUGAGAAUUUAUAAAAAAUAUAUUUUUCCUUUUACUAAAAAUGCACUUCCUAUGACUUUUGCUUCUUCUCCUGGAUUCCUUCAUUCUAAAGAUGAUUUCUACAUUCUUAAAUCUUCUCAAAAUCAUUUUAGUGUUAUGGAAACUACAAACUCAAUAUUUAAUAACAAAUUAUUUAAACAAUUCUUAACAUUUAAAUCUGUCUUAUCUUGGCAAAGAAUAUUAAGUUCAAUGUAUUAUGCUCCUUCAAUUCAAAAAUUACUUCAAAACUUUGAAAUAUAUAAUAGCGGUACUUAUAACAAUCAAUGGAUUGUUACAGAUUUAAAUAAAUUUAAUUUAGCUGGACACCAACCAAAUAAAGGAUUAUUAAUGAUUGCAGAACAAAUUCCUGGAAAAGUUCAAAUUAUAGAUGUCACUAAACUUCUUCUUCAAAAAGGAUAUUGGGCUUCAUACAAUAGUCCUUUUAGUAAAAAAAUAAGAGAUUUAUCUGGAUAUACUUUAAAAGAAAGGGAAUAUGGUGAUAGAUAUUCAUAUACCCGUUGCCCAAGAAGAAGAAUUUUUGAUAGAGAAGGUAAGUCAUUAAAAACAAUUAAUGACAUUAAAAGAUUUAUGUUACUCAAUAAAUUUAAAACUGACCCUCUUACUGAAGGAAGGCCUGGAGCUACUAUUGCAGCUAGAUAUGAUUUAGAUGAAAGUCGUCCUUCUCCUUUUGGUGCUGUUGAUUGUAAAAUUGGUUCUAAAAAAAUGGGGGUUGAUGCUUGGGUCUAUGGAGCUCCAAGUCAUAAUGAUCAAGAACCGUUUUGUUGGAGUGAAAGUGUCUUUGCUGAUGUUGUACACAAAAACCUUCCAGAUCGCUUUGAUUUUGAUUGGAUUUUUGUUAAAAAUUAA